ACCUCAAACCCGCAUUAUACGUAUUCCAUAUAAAGGCUGCUAGUUGAUUUUGUUCAGUGUCGAGUUAGUAGAGAUACCAUCGUAUUGUAAAACCACAUUACAAGUAGUGCGAUCUGUGCCAGUAAAACAUGCUGAGAACUACGUUUCUUCUCGUGAGUUUAACAUUGGCCGUUAUUCAGGCAGGUGAAGGUGAUGAAGACUGCGACAAACUGGGUACCAUCCUGUACGAGGAUAUCAGCUGCAAGCCAGUGAUGAAAGAAGGUCGCAAAUGCCCAGUCAAGUACGACUGCCAUUUUGAUGCCAAGGAUAACUCCUGCAUGUUCAAAGGUCGCAGCUUAUCUGUAGGAGAACAUCUCGACAAUGACGUCACCUACGAUACCUGCAAUGUAGGAUGCUUCUGUCGAAUUCCGGGAAAAUUCACCUGUGCUGUCUUAGACUGUCCAGAAUGGCUAGGACUUCCUAUCCAACCCGGCUGCUACAGAAAAUAUGAGGUUGAUAAAUGUUGUUCAGUAGGACAAAACUGUCCAACAAAAACAGAGCAUUUUGGUGAAUGUGAAGUGGACGGAACUAAGUACAUGGAAGGAGAGAAGUUCUACCCCAAAAAUACCUGCUUGAAAUGCAUUUGUCCCAAAAACUUCACUGGAAAAUACGAGGAACCUUAUUGUAGGAGACAAUCUUGCGCGGUGCAGAUACGUGAUUCAGACAAAAUUGAACGUAACUGCGCGCCCUAUUAUGGAACUUCGAAUGACAGCCCUAUCUGUUGCCCCAGUCUUUGGAUUUGUCCAACACCAACAGACAAGAUCACUGUCGUCAAUCCCAAGGCAGAGAAAAAUCCAGAAUUGACGUGUAAAUUCGGCGAGAAAACUCUGCAGCUGGGUGAAGGAUUAUUCACCAAAGUCGAUUACUAUGGGACCAUCAAUGAGGCUAAAUGUGAGUGUAUUCUACCCCCCUGGUUAACAUGCAGAAAAGUUGAGGCAGCUGCAGCUACUGAAUGACGAAGAAGAAGAAGAAGAAAAUUUGACGUUUUCCCGACGUAUUGAGCCGGAUAAAGCCACUAGCCAUAUUGGCACUGCUUCCGCUCUGCUUUUGCUGAAAAAGAAUUAUUUUAUAUCUCUUUUAUUUUGUAAAUAGCUUGUUUGUACUUCAAUAUAAUUACAAUAUUGGGUAA